GUAGCUGUACAUAACGGUCACAUUUAUGUUGCAGGCGAUGAAAGUGUUGAACGUUACGAUCCUCAGCGAAACAUGUGGUCUCAGAUUUGCUCUUUGGAUGGUAACAAUAGGUCUUUAGUAUCGCUAGACAAUAAACUAUGGGCUAUUUGGAACCACUCAGAAUGUUCUUCGGAGGCAUGUGUAUCAGUCUAUGACGAGCAUAAUAAUCGUUGGCAACAAAAAUGCUCAUGUCCCAAAACAUACGUGGAGAACUGUUUUGUUGUGCCAGAAUCCUUACUGUCGUCGAAAUGAUUCAAAAUUGUACCUUUUUUAUUUAAUAAAUUCUUUUCAAAUAAAUUCUCUUAUGAGAAAU